CCUCCACCACAUUUCCGGAGAGUGCUGCGUUUGUUAUCGGAAGUAUAUAGAAAGCAGCACUGGUGUGGAAACCGAGACAAUGAACGGGCAGCCGGAAAUCGAGGCAGACUACAAGAAGAAAUACAAAAACCUGAAAAGAAAAUUAAAGUUCCUGGUUUACGAGCAGGAAUGUUUUCAAGAAGAGCUAAGAAGAGCUCAGAGAAAACUUCUCAAAGUUUCCCGUGAUAAAAGUUUUCUGCUUGACAGGCUGUUGCAGUAUGAACAUGUCGAUGACGAUUCUUCAGAUUCUGACGCAACGGCAUCUUCGGAAAACAGCGAUGGAGAGGCCCAGAGAGCAACCGAAAAUGUCGGCGUGAAAAAACGCAAAAGCAGCCCUCACCUGCCUGGCACCCCGUCUCCCUCCUCCAACACUCUCUCUCUGCUGCCAAGAGGAGGCUACAAUCCUCUACAGACUGGGACCAGCGCCCCCUACCUCAAUACUCUGCCCUUCCCCCCUGAGUAUCUAGCGCCCCCUGCUGACAGGGACAGGAAGGAGAAAAAAAGUAAAAGCAACAAGCACAAGAAGCAACAAACACCCAAGGUGGUGGUCCCCCCUUCUCCAGCUUCGUCAGCCCCCUCCUUCCCGGUGGCAGCUUCUGCCAUGCCCCCCCAGCCAUUCAGCUCUGUACCCAGGCAGAUGCUGAGCGGAGAUGCCCCAGAAGAAGAGAGCGAGGGAGAGAGUGAGAGGGAGGAGGAGAGGGGAGAGGGGGAGGAGGCAGAACUGGUCAUUGACAUCCCAAACGAGUGAACUGCCUGCCCAAUACCAUUCUGACAAUUCUUUGAUGAUGUUGGGGAAAAAAAGUAACAUUUAAUUACCUUCAGUUUUCACAGAGACUUUUGUGACUUGUAGAUAUUUCAGAAAGUAGAUUAUUUUAUGUGAUGCCUUGUUAAUCAGGGUAACCAUGAUAACUGAUCUGAAGAACUGGUACUGUUUAUUGUACAAGGGCAGGGGUUGUCAUCCCAUUCAUUUCAAUGGAGUGUGUAAUGAGAGGGCCGUGUCCAGAGAGAUCACACUCUCCCCUGGGUAUGGACUCUGGUCCCUGGUUCUGUGGAACGACAAUCAGUCUGCAGCUUGUACCAUGCCAUCUACCUUCCUGUCACUUAAAAUAAAACCUAGUCAGAUUGGAGUGUUCCUGGACUAGGAGGUGGGGCAGGUGUCUUUUUUCAAUGCAGGUGACCCAUCUCUACAUUUUCAUUGAAAAAUUAACUAAGAAACUAACCCAAGUCUUAUUCAUGGAGGUAAAAAUAUGAAAUAAGUUUUGGUUAAUCAAUUCAUUGGUUUUCUAUCUGCAGAUGCCGUUACUAGUGACUUACAUACUUUCAAUGUCAAAACAUAUUUUUACCAAUUCAUAAUGUUCAAUAAGGAUUUUCUUUUUUUUUUCAAAGUUUGGUAUGAAUAGACAUGUGUUGUUUUCACA